AUGUCUAGUCUGGGGACCUUGGGUGGCGCACGCGCCGGGCUCGGACUGUUGCUGGGCACCGCCGCGGGCCUUGGAUUCCUAUGUGCCCUUUACAGCCAGCGGUGGAAACGGACCCAGCGCCGCGGCCAGAGCCAGAGUCGGUCCAACUCUCUGGACUACACGCAGACUUCAGAGCCUGGACGCCAAGUCAGGCCAUUGCGGGCAGUCCCGGGUGAGGCUGGCGAUGCUGCAGUGCUGCCAAGCCUUCCACGAGGACAGGAGGAGGUCCUGGAUCGCCUGGAGUUCGUGCUGACCAGCCUGGUGGCGCUGCGGCGGGAGGUAGAAGAGCUGAGGAGCAGCCUGCAGGGGCUUGCUGGGCAGAUUGUGGGGGAGGUCCGAUCGCAUAUGGAAGAGAACCAGAAAGUGGCUCGGCGGCGAAGGUUCCCAUUUGCCCGGGAGAGGAGUGACUCCACCUGCUCCAGCUCUGUCUACUUCACGGCCGCCUCCGGAGCCACAUUCACGGAUGCUGAGAGUGAAGGCGGUUACACAACAGCCAAUGCUGAGUCUGACUAUGAGCGGGACUCUGAAAGGGAAAGUGACGGUGAUGGGGAAGAUGAAGUGAGCUGCGAGACUGUGAAGAUGGGGAGAAAGGACUCCCUGGACCUGGAGGUGGAGGUGGAAGUGGUUUUGGGUCCGGAGCCUGAAGCCCUGGAGGCUGGGGGCUCCCCUGGCCAGGAAGAUGUGCUGCCCCUCCUGCAGCAGGCGGACGAGCUGCACCAGGGCAGUGAGCAGGACAAGCGGGAGGGCUUCCAGCUGCUGCUCAACAACAAGCUGGCGCAUGGAAGCCGGCAGGACUUUCUCUGGCGCCUGGCCCGGGCCUACAGUGACAUGUGUGAGCUUGCUGAGGAGGCGAGUGAGAAGAGGUCCUAUGCCCUAAGUGGAAAGGAAGCAGCUGAGGUCGCUCUGGAGAAGGGGAAUGAGAACGCGGAGUGUCAUCAGUGGUAUGCAGUGCUUUGUGGUCAGCUGGCUGAGCAUGAGGGCAUCCAGAGGCGCAUCCAGAGUGGCUUUAGCUUCAAGGAGCAUGUGGACAAAGCCAUUGCUCUCAAGCCAGAAAACCCCAUGGCUCACUUUCUCCUUGGCAGGUGGUGCUACCAGGUCUCUCACCUGAGCUGGCUAGAAAAAAAAACUGCGACAGCCUUGAGUGAAAGCCCCCUUGGUGCUACUGUGCAGGAUGCCCUCUCAAGCUUCCUAAAGGCUGAAGAACUACAGCCAGGAUUUUCCAAAGCAGGAAGGAUAUAUAUUUGUAAGUGCUACAAAGAACUAGGGAAAAACGCUGAAGCUAAACAGUGGAUGAAGUUGGCCCUGGAGCUGCCAAAUGUCACUAAAGAGGAUUCAGCUUUCCAGAAGGACCUGGAAGAAUUGGAAGUAAUUUUAGGAGAAUAA